AACCCCGCGCAAGUCGAGCGCCUUCUUCUGUUUUAUCACGAAUAUUGUAUUGCCAAACUGAUCUACACUAUCAAUUUCAGUCUACACAGAUUCUCACUAGUACGUCAUCACUAUGCCGAUCUUCUCGAAAGCUCAGGAAACGUUACGCCAGGGCCAGGAGACCGUACAACAAGCAAUGAGCUCCGCGACCGGCUCCAAUAAGCCGGACUUCUCUAAAUGGAAUACGGAAGAGAUGCUGGAGACCACUGUUGACAAACACGGCAACCCUGUACCGAACCUCUCGUACACUGAUGGCGCCAAGUUGUCGAAAGGAAUCCUCGGUCAAGACGAGGCGGAUGCGUACGAAGCGGCGAAUAAAGACUUCCAUGACUACCACUAGGUCACUCUUUGUAUCAUAGCAUGCCGCUGUCCGACCCGGCGCCCUUCUGUCUUUUCCUUGAUGGAUCCCGUUGGAUGAGGAGAAAAGGUCAAAAAUGUUAUAAUGAAAUGUACGUAUGUAUG